GAAAUAUUCUCAUCACGCAAUGGAUAGGGAGAUAUCAAAAUUGCGCAAUGAUUUUCAGAGCAUGAAUUUAAAAAAUCAAUUAAUGUUAAAGAAGGCUAUUAAAAAACUGGAUAGCUUGAAACUAAAAGAUAUGCCUAGUGAUGACGACGAUGAAUGCAAGAAUAUUAUAAGACCUUUAUUAAACGAAUUUACAACGGUUGCCACAGAAUUAGUCUUAUGUAAUGACAAUGACUUCAAAAUUAACGAUAAACGAAACAUAAUAAAGCAGCGUAACAAAGUAAUAAAAAGCAAGAAAAAUAUCAAAGAACCGUUACAAAAAGUUUAUGAGUCUGAAGAAGAUAUUAACGAGAAUAUAAUGCGAAUCGAAUGCAAACACGUAAACAAUCAAGAAUUUAGCAUAGAUAGGGCAAACGUCGAAAACCAAGGUAAAAGUUAUCAGGAGACUUUAAUCAGUGAAAAUUUCAAUAUUAUGGAAGUAAAAGAUAUAGAGCAUACUCCAAACAAUUUCAAUAACCAACUAAAUGAUUUACAAACUCUUUUAAUAAUGAUGGCAAUUUCACCAAAGCCCAAUGACUGUGACAGUUUUAAUAGUCCUAAUAGCAAUUGUUACGAAAGUGGUCAUGAUAUUAUAAAGAGUCCACGAAAUAGCAAAGUAACUUUAAAUGCACUUUUGGAGAAAGAUAUACAAAUACGUGAUUUUUUAAAUGUAACUUCAAUAGGAGUAGAAAUUGAUGACAGAGAGAAACAGAUUGUGAAGAAGUAUGCAGAGAAGUGGAAACUUUAUGCGAAUAAAAAGAAGAAUAAUCAGCGACGGGAUGCACUGAAUAAUUUCUUCGAUAAACUAACCAAGAAAAAAAUGAGUGUGUUAACACAGUCUCCUGAAUCUAUUGAUAAAGCUAAAUUAAUAGCAACUGAUUUUAAUCGAUAUCAACACAGAUACAAAAUGCAGAAGCACAUAAUCGCUCUUCAAAAAGCUAAGCUAGAAGAGCAAAGAAGAAUAAUUGAUGAGCUAAAGUAUAACAAAAUUAUAGAAGCUUCUAAACAAUCGGUGGAUGAACUGAAAGAGGCUGUUCGAAAAACGUAUUAUGAUAUUGAUAGGCAGUUGAAACCCAAAGUAAAAUGUUUGACGAAUGAGUUAAAGAUACCCGACGUUGAAGAACCCUUAGUAUUGCAUUGCCUAAAAAUGCCGCAGUUUCUCCAAAGAAUGGAAAAGAGAGCUCGAGAACGGGAAGAAAAACAUGCAAUGAUAAAAGAGAGACGCAGGCAAAUGGAAGAGGAACGUAUACGACUUAAGCAACAGGAGGAAUUGGCAAAAGCAGCAAUGGAUAAAGAAGAUAAAAUAAAGAGAAUAAAAGAAUUAAGAGAUAAAAGAAAAAAAGACAAAGUAGAAAGUAUUAGGAAAAAACAGCAUACUGAAAGAAUGAGAGCUCUUAGAGUUAUGGCAGAAUUACAUUAUGAGAAGAACUUGAUGGCUAAGUACGGAAUACGACCUUUGAGAAUGAUUAUAGAAAUAAAAAGGGAUAAUGUAGAAAAGGCGAAGGCACAUUACACAUUUCAACUUAAGAAAAAUAUUUUCUUAAAUUGGAUGUGGUAUACGGAGGACAUGUGGUAUGAAAGAAACUUUAAGGCAGAAGAUUUAUGUAGAAAAAAGUUACUGCGUAAAAGUUUUGAAGCUUUGAAAAAGAACUACCAUGGCUUUGUGAUAAAAAAGCAAGUUGCGGAAGACUACUAUGACCUGUAUGUUACGCAAUUGGUUUUCAGAAAAUUGCGGGAAGCCAUGCAAAUUAUUAAAAUUGAGAACACAUUAAAAUGUCAAAAGGCAACUCUAUAUUUUCAAAGCAACCUGCUAUUCAAAACGUUCACUUGUUGGAGAACAUUGCCGGCACUAAAUGCCCUCAAAAGGGAACAAGAGGCGCGAAAAGCGAGGUGGAGAGAGAAAGUUCUGCAAGUUGUCCCUGACUAUACACCUCCUGAUGAUUAGGAUUUUGGUGCUUGACGAACACAUUUUUUAUAACUAUAUCUAGGUAUAUACUAGCGUAGGUACAGCCUUUUUUAUAACUCCAAUGAUUCGUAUACAUAUAGUUGCAAGUAGUAACGGGUCUGGUUCUUA